AUGAAGCUAAUGCAACUUUGGUGGGAAGGACCGGAAUUCUUACAUCACAGCACAGCGCUGCAUCCAUUCACAUCUGGAAGUACUGUUAAAGACAUACCAGAAAAACGCAUAACAAGUCUAAUAACACAAGAUGCAGCAUUGAAGUCCGAUGUGAACAUCAUCCAGAGAUUUUCUUCAUUCACCAGACUAAAACGAGUUAUAGCAUAUUGUUUCCGUUUCAAAAACAACGCGUUAAGCGCUAAGCAAGAGGUAAAGCGAAAAAAGGGCCCCUUAACUGUUCAAGAAACGAGCGAAGCAUUAACUUCAAUACUUAGAAUGUGUCAAGAAAGCGAAUUCCAACAAGAGUUGCAUGAUCUGCGUAAUAAAAAGCCAUUAAAUUCAAAAAGCAAAAUAUUAACCUUACAUCCAUUCCUUGACGGAGAUGGUCUUAUCCACGUGGGGGGAAGGUUACGGCAUGCGCCUAUAGAAUUUGCUAGGAAAUAUCCUGUUAUAUUGCCCAAAAAGCAUCAUCUCACGGAAUUAAUAAUCAGAGACACUCAUUACAGGAAUCUGCAUGCCGGGUCGCAAGCAGUACUAGCUGCCGUGCGCAGCAGCUACUGGCAUAUUUCGGGAAAGGACGCAAUUCGUCGCGUCUCAAGAAAAUGUAUAGUUUGCUAUCGUACAAGCCCCAUAACUGCCGCACAAUUGAUGGGUAAUCUACCUGCGCAUAGAGUCACUCAAGCGCGUCCGUUUCUAAAUACAGGCGUAGAUUAUGCCGGUCCGUUUAGUAUCAAGAUAUCACGGAAUAAAACGGGAAAAGCUUAUUUAUCCAUUUUUAUUUGCCUAUCUACUAAAGCUGUACACUUUGAAUUAGUACCAGACUUGAGCGCGGUAUCAUUUUUAAAUGCAAUUAAAAGGCUGAUCGCUCGAAGGGGUAAAUGCCUCAACUUAUAUUCAGAUAAUAGCACUACCUUUGUCGGUGCUAAUAAUCAGCUAUUAGAGUUGAAAGAAUUUCUAGCUAAAGAUACAACUCAAAGUCAAUUACAAGAAUACUUAACUGGACAGUUCGUUAAUUGGAAGUUCAUUCCUCCUUACUCUCCACACAUAGGUGGAUUAUGGGAGGCCGCAGUAAAGUCAGCCAAAACACACAUGAAAAGGAUUAUAGGAAUGACUCCAUUAACUUUCGAAGAGCUUCUUACUAUCUUAGUACAAAUAGAGGCAUGCUUAAACUCCAGGCCGCUCACACCAAUCUCUAAUGAUCCUACAGAUCUGCAAGCGUUGACACCUGGGCAUUUUAUUAUAGGAGAAGCGCUUAAUGCGAUACCGGAGCGCGAUCUCAUUGAGGUACCUGUAAAUCGUUUAACGCGUUACCAAUUAAUUAUACAAAUGAAACGAAGUUUUUGGUCUAGAUGGUCGCAGGAAUAUAUAUCCCAAUUGCAGCAACGUUUCAAAUGGAAGCGACUAGAAGAUGCUAACAUACAAAUAGGCACCAUGGUGCUGAUAAAAAAGAGAAUACUCCUUCGAUUACCUGGCCAUUAG